AGAAACAUCACACGCGACUCGUGGUGACAUUGACGCGCGCGCGUCCCCUUGGAAAGAAAGAAGCGCGGCAUUUCGCUGCUGGUUUUGUGUGGAUUAUGGAGAGUUGUGGUCGCGUACUUCUGCUCUGUUUGUGUAUUUGUUGUUGUUUUUUAACAGUUGUCGCUCAGUUAAACGCCGAAUCGAAAGGAGCGCGUCGCGCGCAACAGGUAGGUGCGCGAGUGCGCACGCGAUGGACGCAUAACGGACGCGUUUUUCAGCUGCUCAGUCCCGGGUCUGAGUUUGUGCCACCGGGACGAACAGAGCCGAAUCUCAGAGUAACCGAAGCGAACACGACGAUCGCGCGCGAGCAGAACACGAGCUCUUCAAGCGCGUCAGACGUGAUGGCGAGGGAUGAGCCGUACGAUCCCUACAAAUCCAUCCGGAACAAUCCAUACUACAACUACUAUGACUCAUACUACAGACACAGAAACGCAUUCAGACAUCACGGAUACGGAACCAGAUACUUUCAGCACGGACUCCCGGAUCUCGUGCUGGAUCCAUACAUGAUCCAGGUGUCCACGUAUGUCCAGAGAGUGUCCAUGUACAGCCUCAGGUGUGCUGCAGAGGAGAAGUGUCUGGCCAGUUCAGCGGCUCACGCUCGUGAUUACGACACCAGAGUUUUAUUGAGGUUUCCACAGCGGGUGAAGAAUCAGGGCACCGCAGACUUUCUGCCCAACAGACCCAGAUACACAUGGGAAUGGCACAGCUGUCACCAACAUUAUCACAGUAUGGAUGAGUUCUGUCAUUAUGAUCUGCUGGAUUCAAACACACAGAAGAAAGUGGCAGAGGGUCAUAAAGCCAGUUUCUGUCUCGAGGACACGUCAUGUGACCCCGGAUACUACAGACGAUACGCGUGCACGUCACACACGCAGGGUUUGAGUCCUGGAUGUUAUGACACUUACGGCGCAGAUAUCGACUGCCAGUGGAUCGAUAUUACUGAUGUUCAGCCUGGAAAAUACGUCCUCAAGGUUUGUUCUCAUAUAAACUCACAUUCAUGUGCAGCGAUCAUCAUUCUCUCGCUCUCAUUUGUCAAAUGUUUCUGUUUCGGUUCAGAUUACUGUGAAUCCGGGUCACCAGAUUUCAGAAUCAGACUUCAGUAAUAAUAUUGUUCGCUGUGACGUUCAUUACACCGGGAGUUACGCUCACGUGUCAGGAUGCGUCAUGUCAUCAUAAAGCGCUCGAGGAGGUUUGACUUCACCGCUUUACUUCAUAAUUAAAGUCCUUGCAGAAAUGUUCGAAGAACGGACACCACUACUGUUAAAUGUGAAUGUCAACACGGUGUAAGAUGUUGUGAGUUUGUAAGAUGUGUGAAUCUUCUGUUGACAGUCACUGGAACAGCAGAGGACCCAGCAUUCAAUGCAAACAUCAUCAUCAUCAUCUGUAUUUACUGUUUAAAACUGAUGACAGGUUGUCAUUCAUGCAGUCUGUGAGAAACAGAGCUCAAUGUAAUUUCUGUACAUCAGCUGUAUUGAACGUAAACAUGACUGCAGUAUUCUGCGUUUUACUUGUGUUUGUAAGGGUUUAUAUUGACAGAGAAUCUUCAGUUGUACUGUAACGCUGUCUUUAUUAACGUACGAUAAUAAAAACACACAAUCGGUGGAAUGAUUUAACCUGAAAAUGUCUUUUGUGUGUGUGAUAAGAGGUUGUGUGUGUGGCCCUCUGCUGGUCAGUUGUGUUAAUACAUAGUGUGCGCCUAAAUGCUGACAACAUUAAAAUGCUUUUAUUUUUGGCCUACUUUUUGCCUAACAAUUUUAAUCUAAUUUCAUACAUUUUUUUCUAAUAUCCUGUCCGGCGAACUAUUUGAGUCAUAGUUAAAUUAUUUAGCUUUUGUCUUGUAGUGCAGCAGGGAUGCCCAACACUGGUUGCCCACUGAAGUUAAGCAGGGCUGAGACUGGUCAGUACGUGGCUGGAAGAGGUGUUAGUGAGACCAGCAGGGGGUGCUCACCCUGUGGUAUGUGUGGGUCCUAAUGCCCCAGUAUGGUGAUGGGGACACUAGACUGUAAAAAGCACCGUCCUUCGGAUUAGGGAUGCACCGAUAUGUACAUUUUGGUCGAUAACCGAUCAUUCUUGAACAUUGGAAGCUGAUAACCGAUAUAUUGGCCGAUAUACAGUAUGUUAAUAUUAAUAUAACAUUUUCUGAGACUGAAAAUUAGUUUUGUCCCAUGAAAAUCAUGUACCAAGCCCACUUUACACUGGUUAAAGAUUCUUUAACUUUUAAACUUUUCUGGUAGAAUGUUUAUUUAAUAAACAAAUUAACUCAACUUUAUUUAUAUAGCGCUUUUACAAUUUUCAUUGUUACAAAGCAGCUGUACAUGAGACAUAUUGACUAUAAGCAAAAUAAUUAAAGUUGUACCUGCAAAAACAAGAAAAGGUUGAAAACACAGAAGACAGACACACCCACACACAAAACACUCCACACACACAACACGCACACGCACCAACACACACAGACACACACACACACACACACACACACGUACGUACACAGACAAGUACGCACACACACACACGCUCAGUGAGAGCACACAUUUAGGAUAAAGGAGAGAGAAGCACAGGUCAAAUAUAACAGAUAAUAAAUUCCUAUAUGCAAUAUUAAUUAAGUAAAACUUUAAGAUUCUAAAGCAGCCCCCCCGGUCAGGCAGAUAGUGCAAAAACAGUAUGCAAACGGUGGCGAGGAACCCAAAACUCUAAUCGAGAAAAAAAACCUCAGGAGAACCCAGGCCCAACCAGGGGAUUCCAGUUCCCCUCUGGCAAAAGCUGCUGCCUCUGCACAAGCUCCAGAGAACUUGCACAA